GGAGCUGGGCGCUCCGCCGCGCCACGCGUUGCUAGGAGACGCGAGGGUCGCCGAGGCGCGACAGUUGGCCUCUCGCUGCCCAGCCCACGGAUUCCUGAGUGGAGAACUCGAGCACUGCCGCGCUCUCCUGGGAGCUCCCGGGCGGGGUGCCUCGGCCUCUCCAGAUCGGCCAGCGAGGGUAACCACGGAGAGCUGGACCCAGGGGCGGGGGGAGGGGCGGGGGGUGGACUCGUCCCGAGGAACCUGAACAGUCCGCCAGCUCCGCUGAGCCUGCCCGGGCCCCGCCCCGGAAGCCUCGGCUCCGCCCCUUCCGCUCCGGCACGCCUUUGUGAUUUCUGAGAAAUAAUUGGCAAUAAGACCUCUGUAGCCAUGGCUAGUUCUGACAUGAAACCAAAAUCAAUAAGUCGUGCCAAAAAAUGGUCAGAAGAGAUAGAAAAUCUGUACAGAUUUCAGCAAGCAGGAUAUCGGGAUGAAAUUGAAUAUAAACAAGUGAAACAAGUUUCUAUGGUAGAUCGUUGGCCAGAGACGGGAUACGUGAAGAAACUCCAGAGAAGGGACAAUACUUUCUAUUACUACAACAAACAGAGGGAGUGUGAUGACAAGGAAGUCCACAAAGUAAAAAUUUAUGCUUACUAGUCUUUGUUCUUUGUGUUGUCAUUACUUAAGACUUCAUUGCUUCAUUCUACAUCAUGUAAAUGUCAUUUUACAAAAUAAUUCAAAAUGCAGACUUCAGCUGAAUACUGUGAAACACAAAAGCCAUGAAACCAUGAAACCAUCCUGUUCUGUUCUAAAAUAUAAUUGCAGAAGCAUUAAAGGUGUAUCCAUCUUG